GGAUCCGCUCACCGCCCGGUGGAGGCCGCCACCCCCGUCUCCUCCUCCUCCUUCCUUCCUCUCGCCCCCACGCGAACGAAACCGAAGUCCGAAUCCUCCACCCGAUUCCAGCCCUCCUCGAGACGCCCGCGCCCGGGCCGCACCCAAGUCUCGAUCCGCCGCCGUGUCCCGGUCGCGUCAGGCGCGGAGGAGCCGCGCGCGUUCGCGCUCCCCCUUUCCCCGCCUGUGCGUUGGGUUGGUUUUGCUGCCGAUGAGGGGGUUGCUGGCGGCGGAGGCCGCGGGCGUGGCAGCCUCGUCGGCCUCGGCGCUGAACGGCGCGGUGGACUGGUGGCGCGACGUGAACGAGUCCCUGCUGUGGCAGGACCGCGUCUUCCACGCCCUGGCCGUGCUCUACGGCGUCGUCUCCGCCGUCGCGCUGGUCCAAUUGAUCAGAAUCGAGUGUAGGGUGCCCGAGUAUGGGUGGACGACGCAGAAGGUGUUCCAUUUCCUAAACUUCAUCGUGAACGGCGUGCGGUCCAUUGUAUUUGUGCUGCGACGUAAUGUGCAACUCGUAGAGCCUGAGAUAAUACAACAUGUGCUUCUCGAUAUGCCUGGGCUUGCGUUCUUCACGACGUACGCACUUUUGGUGCUGUUCUGGGCUGAGAUUUAUUAUCAGGCACGUGCAAUGUCGACUGAUGGGCUUAGGCCAACUUUCUAUUGGAUCAAUGCUGUGGUCUAUGCAAUCCAGAUAAUUUUAUGGUUGGUUUUGUGGUGGAAACCAUUUCGAGUUAUGGUCAUCUUAUCAAAGAUGUUCUUUGCAGGUAUAUCACUAUUUGCAGCUCUCGGGUUUCUUCUCUACGGAGGAAGGUUAUUCCUGAUGUUGCAGCGUUUCCCUGUAGAAUCAAAAGGAAGGCGCAAUAAAUUGCAGGAGGUUGGCUACGUGACUACUAUCUGUUUUUCUUGUUUCUUGAUCAGAUGUGUCAUGAUGUGCCUUAAUGCAUUUGAUAAAGCAUCAGAUCUUGAUGUUCUGAACCAUCCGAUUCUGAACUUCUUUUAUUACUUGAUGUUGACAUAUGGACAAAUGGACAAAUCUUAAUCACUUCCAUGAAUGCAACUGUGAAGCUGGUCGAGAUCGUACCUUCAGCUCUGGUGCUCUUCAUUCUAAGGAAACUGCCCCCAAAGCGUGGGAUCACACAAUAUCACCCAAUCCAUUAGAGCAGUCCUGGCAGAGACAGGCAAUGUUUUUCUUAUGGAUAGUCUCUACUCUCUACAGCGUGGUAAAUACAGAAAGGCAAAGUGGAAGGUGCCACACUUGCUUUCAUAUGAGCUUGUCCAGCUUUUAUACGAGGGAGGGAGCCUUUAGAAUAUCAGGUUGCUAUCGUGUGUAAAGUGCAAUCUCGUGCUGUCACAGGUCUAGAAAAAUGUAACUUAUAUAUACAUUUGCUCUUGUCGGUGCGUAUCAUCUGUACACAUCACAGCAAUUGUUGUUGUGUUUUGAUC